CUUUAACGCGGGUAGUUCGAGCUCGAAGAGUGAUUGAAAUGCAUUACACCAAUUAGUGCAGUCAUAGACUCGUCAUCUGAACGCUAAUAGCCAACCGCUGUCUCAUACUGAUUUUGUUCUGCCCACAUCAAGACAAAUUUACUUUCUAUACAUGUUCCAGGGCCUUACAAACAGAGGACGUUUCCUGCCCUGAUGCAUGGUGGUCGGACGAAGGAAUUGUUGGAAAAUUUCGGAGUGAUCUGAGCACAGGGUGUUGGUGUGCAACACAAUCAUGCUGUUGGCUCAGAUUAACCGUGACACGCAAGGAAUGGCAGAAUUCCAGGAUGCGGGCGGGGACACCCAGCACGUCACACUCUGUCUGGCUGAAGCUGUUGCCGUGGCAGAUGAUGAUCAAAUGGAGAGCAUGGACACUGUAAGUUUGCAGGCUGUGACCCUUGCAGACGGCUCCACAGCAUAUAUACAGCACAGUCCGCAAGAUGGCAAGUUCAUGGAUGGACAGGUUAUUCAGCUCGAUGAUGGAUCUGCUGCCUACGUUCAACAUGUCUCUAUGCCAAAAUCAGGUGAUGACACUCUGAGACUAGAGGACGGCCAGGCUGUGCAGCUGGAGGAUGGAACAACGGCUUACAUUCAUCACACACCCAAAGUGUUCUCCUCCCCUGAGAUGUAUGACCAGAGCACCCUGCAGGCGGUGCAGCUGGAGGAUGGCACCACCGCCUACAUCCAGCACACUGUGCAGCUGCCGCAGACCAACACCAUCCUGGCCAUCCAGGCUGACGGCACGGUGUCCGACCUGCAGGCCGAGGGCACCAUCGACCCGGAGACCCUCAGCGUGCUGGAGCAGUACACCGCCAAGGUGGAGAGUGCAGAGUAUGUCUCGGGAGCAGGGCUAGUCAACCAAAAUGACCCUGACCGAGGUGUCCAGAUGCAGAUUGUUCUGCAGGGCCCAGGAGGACGCAGCCUGCUCAAGGCCCAGCAGGCGGGAGAGAAGACCUUCCGCUGUGACUAUGAAGGCUGUGGCAAACUGUACACGACGGCACACCACCUAAAGGUACACGAGAGAUCGCACACAGGAGACAGGCCAUAUACGUGUGAUCAUCUGGGCUGUGGGAAGAAGUUUGCCACAGGCUAUGGCUUGAAGAGCCACAUUCGGACACACACGGGCGAGAAGCCGUACCGCUGUCAGGAGUUCAACUGUCAUAAAUCAUUCAAGACAUCAGGGGACCUGCAGAAGCACAUUCGGACACACACAGGGGAGCGGCCGUUCAGGUGUCCGUUUGAGGGCUGCGGGCGCUCCUUCACCACCUCCAACAUCCGCAAGGUGCACAUCCGCACCCACACGGGGGAGCGGCCCUACUACUGCUCUGAGCCAGGCUGCGGACGAGCCUUCGCCAGCGCCACCAACUACAAGAACCACGUGAGGAUCCACACAGGGGAGAAGCCGUACAUGUGCAUGGUGCCAGGCUGUGAUAAGCGUUUCACAGAGUACUCCAGCCUCUACAAGCACCACGUGGUCCACACCCCCUGCAAGCCUUACAACUGCAACCAUUGUGGCAAGACCUACAAGCAGAUCUCCACGCUGGCCAUGCACAAGCGCACGGCACACAACGACACUGAGCCCAUCGAGGAGGAGCAGGAGGCCUAUUUUGAACCUCCCACAGACGCCAUUGAUGACCCUGGGGUUACCUACACACCAGUUGUGGAAGAGGAGGAUUCCGGGUCGGAGCAGGUGUCUACCGGCACUGUUGAGGUCCUGGGGCAACAGCACGUGUCCCUUAUUACCCAAGAUGGAACCCAGCAGGUCAGUAUCUCCCAGGCUGACAUGCAGGCAUUGAGAAACACGAUCACCAUGGUAACGCAAGAUGGCACCACUAUCACUGUCCCGGCCCAUGAGGCAGUGCUUUCGGGCGAGACUCACUCUGUCACCAUGGUGACUGCAGAUGGCACGGAAGGCCAGGUAGCUAUCGUGACCCCUGACCUCGCCACAUUCCACGCAGCGCAGGCUGAGCUGGUGCAGGAGCACGGGCAGCACCUGGUCACAGCCGACUCUCAACCCAUCACUCUGCUGGCCACCUCCAACGGCACCCAGAUCGCAGUCCAGCUGACUGAGCAGCCUUCAUUGGAAGAAGCCAUUAGAAUAGCCUCAAGCAUACAACAAGGGGAAACUCCAGGACUUGACGACUAAUGAUUACACACUGACUUACAAGCACAGACUGUUCAGGGCAAAAUGGCUUAAAAAUUAAUUGCAAAAAAAACAUAGUGCGCUGAAUUGAAAUUAAAGGACUUUGUGUAUAGUUUAUGUACAUAUGUUUUAAACAUGCACUUGGGAUCUUGUGGUCCUUCCUUGUUAAAUAAAAUGUUGAAUUUUGGGGGGCUGAAAAAAGGGCUGAGCUUGAGUGCGUUUGUAAUACUGAUCUGUCACAUGACUGGAGAAACCAUGUUUCAACUGUCUUUGGGCAGUAUGCCAACGGCCACCUUUUACAGAAGGAUGUUUCUCAACAAAUUGUUUUUUUUUUUAGUCUGGGAAAGUUCAUUAUUUUGAAGGUUAAAAUUAACAAUACAUGGAAUAUGUAUUAUCUCACCAGGAUAGUGUUUUAAGCAAAAUACAAAUACACAUUCUUAUAAUAAAUUAAGGAUGGUACUUUUGGGAGCGUUAUUUCUCUUCAAGGUCUGUUGGUUCAGAUACCAAAAAUUGACAGGUCUUGAAUUGAAUUGAUCAAUAUAGCAGUACACCUAAAGGAGAAAAACAAUCACAUUAUAUUCAUAUGCAAGUUAUUUUACGGCCAACAAUUUAAAAUAAGCCGUUUUUAUUUCAAAAACUAUUAACUGCAUGUCUUGCAGGAAACGGUAGCUCCAACUCCUGCUUACACAUCACUGACAUUGAUUCAAUUGUUAUUAUUAAUUAUGCAUUUUUUUGCAAAGCAGUCUACUGAUGGACACUCCACACCCAUGCAACGCUCUCCCUGAGAGUAGAUUGUAUAUUUGCGUUUUUCGCCUGACAAUGAUUGUGAUUGAUGCUACUGAAUUGUGGAGAAGGGCUACUGUGAAGCUGUGUUCUUUCUGUGAAGUAAAGAACCUGACCAAAACUUUGAAGUGUCUAGUGGGUUGCAGAUCCCCUUUAACAUGCCCAUCCCUGGAAAGGGCUUGGUGCUGUUUACAGAUCAGUGGUUUGACCCCACAGAUUACCAUGCUCUCAAAUUUGUAUAUGUUUUUUGUUUUUUUCUUGGUUAAUAUAUUUACUAUGUAUUUUUGCAUUCCGUGCUUUGAAUGAAUAUAUUUUAAAGCUGUAUUAUGCACAAAGGAUGGAUAAGCAUUGGCUAUGCAAGAUUAAAAUGGUACAAUCUG